GAAAUUGAGCAGGAGAAAGGAAGUGGAGGGGGGUUGCCACUUGGCCUUUACGGCACCAGCGGAGGGAGAUGGCGAUAUGGUGGCGGUAGGCGGCGGAGGGGACAGGCGGAUUUUCUUCCCACCUUCUGUUUCCACGGGUAUAAUUCCUUAUUGGCUGAGGAGCGCGCUUGGGUGAUGAGGCCUGGUUCGCCUGCCUUCCCUCUGAAGAAAGGGGAGCCCGUUGCUUGAGCUGAGUGGAGCCCGGCUGCGGGCAAGAGGAGAAGCGGGGCGCUGUUCCCUCCCGAGCGGGGCUUUGAGAGGCGGCUUCCUCGGUGGUUUCCGCGGGUCUCACCAGGAAAGCACUUAAACUUGGUUCUCUUUUUCGGCGUGAAGAGGGGGUGUCCCUCACUGACUCGCCGGCUUGUCUGUUGCUACGGAGCGCAGCCAGAUUUUGGCCCAUGUGGCUUUAUUCGGAGCCGCGAGGGCGAAUUCCCUGCUGAACCGGGGCGAGCCAUUGAACUGCUGAGCCAGGAGGAGAAGCUGGCCAUGGAUGAUUUUUUGUCGAUUAGCCUGCUCUCUCUAGCUAUGCUGAUUGGCUGCUAUGUGGCCGGGAUCAUCCCUUUGGCCGUAAACUUUUCCGAGGAAAGAUUAAAGUUGGUCACAGUUCUUGGUGCUGGGCUCCUUUGUGGAACUGCCUUGGCUGUCAUUGUGCCUGAAGGAGUACAUGCACUUUAUGAAGAUCUUUUGGAGGCAAAGCACCACCCAGUCAGUGAGAGUCAAAAGGUGAUUGGAUCUGAGAAAGCAGAUGUUCCAGAUGUGCAUGAUCAUAACCACAGCCAUGACCAUUCAAGAUUACAUGCUUACAUUGGUGUUUCCCUUGUUCUUGGCUUUGUCUUUAUGCUGCUGGUAGAUCAGAUUGGCAAUUCUCAUGUCCACCCUGCAGAUGACCCAGAAGCAGCAAGGUCGGGCAAUUCCAAAAUUACUACUACACUAGGACUAGUUGUCCAUGCAGCAGCCGAUGGUGUUGCCUUGGGUGCAGCUGCUUCUACAUCUCAAACGAGUGUUCAGCUAAUAGUGUUUGUUGCAAUUAUGCUGCAUAAGGCACCUGCUGCUUUUGGGCUUGUCUCUUUUCUUAUGCAUGCCGGUCUUGAACGGAAUCGAAUCAGGAAGCACUUGCUGGUUUUUGCACUGGCAGCACCUGUUUUGUCAAUGGUGACUUAUUUGGGACUAAGCAAGAGCAGUAAACAGGCACUUUCAGAAGUUAAUGCCACUGGAGUUGCCAUGCUGUUCUCUGCUGGGACUUUUCUAUAUGUUGCCACAGUUCACGUUCUUCCUGAAGUGGGUGGAAUGGGACAUAGCCAUAAACCUGAAUCGGCUGGAGGCAAGGGACUCAGCCGCCUGGAGGUGGCUGCAUUGGUUCUGGGUUGCUUGAUUCCUCUGAUUUUAUCUAUUGGACACCAACAUUAAAACUUGGAAGACCAGCAUUUUUCCCCCUCAAUCUGGUAUAAGCAGCAGUCAGUUGCUUUUUUAUUGCUGUCUCUCUUAUCCUGUUAACCACCCCAUCUAUACUAAGGAGUUGGAGAGGAUCAUCAUUGCCACAAGAAAACUGUGGGGAAACUCAAUAUAAGAGAGAGAGAGAGAGAGAGUACUCUUUGACGGCUAGUUAUGAAUCCUGCAUAAUUUCCCUUUUCUGAAGAUAUUUUAAUUAUGACUUCCUACCUAUUCUCAGGGAAGCUGGAACUGGAUAUUAUCUGGGAAGAUCCUUGCAAUUCAUCAUGAAAUCAUAAUUCAAGUAUUCUGUAUGUCAGCAUUCAGAGCUGAUCUCUUGACAUUAUGAUGCAGCCUUCUAACAUGUGGGAAGAUUGUUUACAUCUUUCAAAUGUUCAUGCAUUAAUAGUGGCAUGGGCUGUCUUAGAAGGAGGCAUCUGGUGAAGAAAUAUUUGAGGAUGAAGCUGUAGGCAAAAUUUGUAUUAGAUAAAGCAGUUCAAUAGAAUUCUUGCAUUGAAUUAUUACGGAAGCACAUUUGUUUUGCCCCUUGAUUUUAACACUCUAUACAAUACAGGGGGAGAGCCACAUUCAGCAGGAGGCUAGAUUGUUCUGAGCUCUAAGGAGUAGGUGUCUAUUGAAAUGGAUGCUAGUUUAUUUACAAAGAAUGUUUCUUUUCAAAUAGAAUAAGGUAAACCUUGGUCAGCAAAUACCAACCUCAAAAGCUGAAACCUUUUUCUGAUAUUUUACCAAAAAUCAUUCCAGGCUGUGAGCUUGUACUGAAUUGUCUGAAGCCUGUUAAAACUGGGUAUUACUCCAGAAUACAAUUCUAGAACCCAAACUUCUAGAACACAAUUCUACAAAUCAUAGGUUUCUUUUUCAAAUAGUUAUCUAAUUAUGGGGAAAAAACUGUAAAAGCCAUUGGUUUAAAAAAAAACAAACAUUUAAAAAUACAUGUUGAUUACUGGUGCACAGUUUUGCGUAUGCUUUAAAUUUUCAAUCACGUUGUCAAAAGUCCUUCAUUAAUAGUUAAAAUUUUAUUUGUAAACAAGAUAAAUGUGUGAGUUGAAUGGUUUUUACAGGACUGGUUAUUUCAUGAGAUAAAUCUGUUCCUUUCUUCAGCAUCUUUUACAGUUCAGUAAUUAAUGGAACUUCUUUUCCAUGCCUGCCUUUUGCUCACAUUUUAUAUUUCCUUGGCAGUGAAUGUUAAGAUUGUUCAGGACAGUUAUGCUUUAACUGGCAGUUCCUACUCACUGAGUAGUUAUUGGUUGUGCAGCAAUAGGCAAUAUCAGUUUUUCAUUAAGAAUCUUGCCUUUUAUAGAGGGCGUAAUGUUAGAACCAGAAGAGGAUUAACAUUAAAUAAUAUAAAUGUGAUCAUUCCUAAGGGUUUUUUAAAGCUAAUACUCAACAGACCUAUCCACUGUUAUCCUUUCCAACAUGUGUAUAUCAGCUACAUAAAUUUAUAUAAUCUGUAGUUGGGAUAAACCACCUGUGCUAGUGUGGGUCAAGCAUCAUAAAAUGGUGUUAUCAAAUGCCUACUGCAUCACAAAUGGUAUCUGCCAGCUGUAGUUGUUCUGUAAGAAAGCAUUUAUACCUUUCAAAUAUUACGAUUUUAGAAGAAUUUUCUUCUCUUCUGUGCUACAAAGUAGAAACACACCUGUCUAAACAUGGGACAAAGAAAACAGAUGUACUAUUUGAUAUAUGAACUGAGGUGAUUAAUGUGCCUGUCACAUUUGCAUACUUAAUGGUUGAAAAUAAAGUCAUGAACUGCCAAGUUUCCAUUGCUGAGAAAAAUGACAAGAAUGUCUAUUCUGAACUAGCAGGUUGGGAAAUAGUGGCAAAAUGAGAACUCACCAAACUUGAUUGAAAUGUCAUAGUAAAAGAAUUGGGAUUCUGGGAUUUAAUUUUGGGAUUAAGCCACACGUUUUUAAAAAUCAUUUUGGGUUGUUGUAUGUAACUGAGAGAGCACUUCAGGAAUUCUGCAUUAAGCCAGACUCAGUUUUAGGUGCUUAUUGCUACUUGCAAAACUUAGUUGGAAGCUACCUAACCUAAAUCAAAUUUAUGAAAGCAAGUCUAUUAAUUCAUUCUUCUCUAUUUCACUAACCUGGGCCCAGUAUCCUGAACUAGAUUAUUAUCUGUGAUUUGUAAGGCAGUGAUUAGGCUUCAAUGUGUGAUAUGUUUUAUACAAUAAAUAUGAAAGAAGUCAUAAGGCAGUCACAGGAACUUCUUGUGGGGCUGAUUUGCUCCUGUGGGAACAAAGGCACCUUGAGUGCUUUGUCAGUAUUGAAUUGCUAACUGCUAUUAUAGAAGGGAAGUUGUAAUCUAGAUGAAAGAAAUCCUGUAGCAGAAUUCCAGAAAUGUGAUCUCUUGUAAUACUGAGAAUCCCAGUUUUGAGGAAUCCUCUGAUUUGAGCACAUGGAUUUUGACUUUGCCCAGAUUUUAAAAAUCAAUACAAAAUCAUUGCUUUUUGUAAUCUAAUUCUACUCUUCUUGACUCGUAUUACUAAUCACAUCCAAACUGUAAUCUGAGCUUCCCAGUAAACCUGAAAGCCAUGGAUUGCUAAAAUAAAGAUGCAUCACUAAUACAUUUUCACAAAUUCCAACACUUCCACCAUUCACAUCAGUUGUGGACUGAGUUGAAAGUGGAAAUGUUCACAAUCUGUGUCUGAAUGCAACAUUACAUUUGGUCACUUAAUUGCCAUUCAUAAAACAAUAUUUUGCCUAUGCUGGAGACACUUCAGUUUGCAAUAUUUGACAGAAUGAUAGAGCAGAUAUAACAAGGAAAUGCAGUAUCUUCAACUGGAAGGAAAUAUCUUGGAAUUUCUGAAACAGUGGAAAAAUCUUCAGAGAAACUCAAAAGUGAUUUUCCAGUAUCCUAAGUGAAAAUAAGUUGGCAUUUUUAGUAUCCAGUUGUACCAGAAUGGGAAAGCUUGAACAAUAUAUUGUGCUGCUGUGCUGUUUAUGAUGAACCAUAGGAAACUUUGAAAAUGGGAGGCCCUUGCAGCAGCAUUUGGAAGGAGAUUAUCCAUUUCAAAAAGAUAUGAACUUUUAUGUGUUUCUGUUAUGUCUCUGACCAGCUAUGAAUUUAUGGGUAGUGUUCCCUGGUCACAGCUGUAUACCUGAUUCUGUGUACUAAAGUGUAAUUUUAAUGUCUUUUCUAAAUCAUUUGUACACAUGAGAUCAUUCCAUGGAUGGCUGCCUUAUUUUUAAUUUUUUUCACUUUAAUUGUGAACAGUUUAAAUAUGUUUUUAUUAUAUUAAAAAUUAUUUGC